AAGUACAUGAACCUCUUCCCCUAUAAAUACUUUCCGAUUCUCCGAUCUACAGAGAGAACUCUCAGCUCUUAAUAAAUCUUUCACUCUGAUCCGAAACCGAAAUUCCAAAUAUCGGAUACAAAAAUGUAUACAACUGAGUCCGAUUUUGCCCUUCUGGAAUCCAUUACAAGGCAUUUGCUUGGGGAAUCGGAGAGUCGACUCGGCGUUCCAGUAGCGGGUUUGGGCAAUAACCCGAUGUUCUGCCGGAGCUCCAGUUUCGGCAGCUUGGACCCUUGCCUCACCGAUACCUGGGGCGAACUGCCGUUGAAGGAGAACGAUUCGGAGGACAUGGUGCUCUACGGCGUGCUCCGCGACGCCGUCAACGUCGGAUGGGUCCCAUCACUCGCUCCGGGACCCACUGAACGUUGUGAUUUCGGGUUUUCAGCUGUGAAAUCCGAGCCCGAACUCUUAGCCACGGUGAAAUCAGAGCAGGAAAUUUUACCGCCGGUCGUGAUUAGGUUGCCGGAGUCUAAGCCGCCGCAGAGGGAGGCGGCGCCUGCGGUGGUUCCGUCGAAGGGGAAGCAUUACAGGGGUGUGAGGCAACGGCCUUGGGGGAAGUUCGCGGCUGAGAUUCGGGACCCGGCUAAGAACGGCGCCAGGGUCUGGCUGGGCACGUUCGAGACGGCUGAGGACGCCGCGCUGGCUUACGACCGAGCCGCCUACAGGAUGCGCGGCUCCCGCGCCUUGCUCAACUUCCCGCUCCGGGUGAACUCCGGCGAGCCCGAACCGGUGAGAGUGACGUCGAAGCGGUCGUCCCCCGAGCCGUCCUCAUCGCCGAAGCGGCCGAAGAAGGCUGAGGGGUCGGCGGCUCAGGCGCAAGCCGGGUUGCAAGUGGGUCACCAAGUGGCUUCAUGUGCAAGUGGGCAACAAAUACUGGUUAGCUAAUGCUGACAGCUGAAGAGGCACUUGAGAAUUAUCGAGCAGCAUACACUGUACUUAUUAUAUAUCUUUGGGCAAGCAUUUUGGGCGGUCCCAUAAUUUUGGAAUAUGUUUGGGAGAAAAAUGAAAAUAAUAAAAAAGAAUGGUGUAAUGUGUAAGAGAGACUAGGAAGAGGGUUGUUUGGAUUUGUGAAUACGAGAUUUUCUCUUUUUUUC